CAGUAGGGGUUAAAAAUCAUCUCAAUCAUCCAGCCUGUAAAACUGGGACAACAACAUUGCAGUCUAAGCGCAACGUGCUGAAAAUACCCAAAUAUUCAGUGCUCUAGUCAGUUUUGGACCUGUACUUUUUCGAAGAAAAAAUGAAAGUGGUGGCUCUUUUCUUCCUACUAUUGGAGGUGGUGAUGUUACUUCCAAGAAUUAAUGGCAUACCGGUUAACCAACCAAAUCAUUUUCCAAUUUACCAGCUGGAAAUGUACUCUCAAAAUGACACUCAGCUCCAACUGUCAAAUGAGAACAUCAGCGAUAUACCAAUCAAUGCCUUCGAAAAUUUCAGUGCCCUGAAAAUACUGAACCUGUCGGGCAACAAUCUGACGUACGAUGGUCUGCCUUGUGGAUCCCUCAGCAUAGCAACAUUAAGGUAUCUAAUCACAGCCGGCAAUCAAAUCAAAACUGUCCCAUCCUGUCUACCUGCAGGUCUUGAACUUCUGGAUUUGAGCAAGAAUUUCAUCCGGCAGAUUAGGUUUUCAGAGUUUACAGGUCUUCAAAACUUAGAAAUGCUACAUUUAAGUCACAACAAAAUCUCAGAAAUUGUGCCUUCAGAGGAAGUGCUCACACAACUUGCAUCUCUGGAUCUAAGCUACAAUAACUUGACAAAGUUACAAUGGAAAUUUCAAAUGCCUAAUCUCAUCAUGCUAAAACUUGAAGGGAACCCUUUGCAACAGCUCAAACCAUAUGAAUUCUCUCAUUUCCCGAAGCUUCAUAGCUUAAACCUGUCCAUGACUUCUUUGGAAGUAUGCAUUUACAAAGUAUUUGCCUCUGGAAUGGAAAAUCUCAAAAUACUUGACCUGAGUGCAAACUUAUUCAAAACCUAUGAUCCACAGUGCUUUGAGGGAUUAAACAAUCUCCAGUUCCUUUGGAUGAGGCAGAUGCCCUUUCUUCAGUCUCUGCCUGCAGAUCUGUUUGCCAAUACACCAAACCUUGUGUAUGUGAAUUUGGAAAGAAAUUCCCAACUACAUUUUAUGACAAGUAGUAUGUUUGAAUUCCUCAUUCAUCUAGAGUUUCUUUCCCUGAAAAGCUGUAACCUGACUGAAUUCAGACCCUGGAACUUCUUCACUAAUUCAACCGUCAGAGUAAUCCUCUCUGACAAUCCCCUAGUUUGUAGCUGUGAACUCACCUGGCUGAUGACUGAACCAGAUAAGGUACUACUGAACAGGGCAAAUGAUACCACAUGUCUCAAGAAUGGCGCACAGACAGAUAUUUUAUUGACUGAUCUCAUAUACGAGUGCAAUAUUAAUGGAAACCAGACACAAGAACUGCAGGUUAAAGCAAGUACUGGGCAAACUCAGCCCCCGGAACAAACAAUAGCAGGAUUCCACUAUUCUUCAGGCAACGUCGACACAAUACCAAGCAGCAAGUUACCAAUCCAAUUUAGUAUUAGCACACCAUCUCCAAACAGUACUAUCCUCUUGAAUGCAUACGCUUUCCAUGGCUGGCAUUCGAAUUCAAAUCCAGGUACAUUACAAACUGAAGCAAGCACCGGGCAAAAUGAUCAAAACUCAGCUAAAAGUAAAUCAGGGGUGAAAUUUCCAACAUGGUCAACUACUGCCAGAGAUCAAACUGGGAUCAAACAUUAUGCAACCUCUAACAAGCAUUUUCCCCAUAUGACCAAGCAUGACUCAUCCACCACAACAGAUCAAACAGGAGCCAAACAUCAUGCAACAACACUAUCAGUGGCUUCAGCAUCACCAAAAUUCCCCUCAAUCUCUCCAGCCAUUAAAAGGGGACCCAUAUUUUUAAUAGUUGAAGACAAUAAUUCAGAGUCCCUGAAAGAGGAGGAGACUGCAAGGCCCGUUCACGCUGGUGACUGCAAUUAUGAUCCAUGCAGACACUGGCAGGUACCAUGCCAUGACUUACGACAUUUAACAGGCUGCAGCUGUCCUGGCAUAUCUGGGCCAGAUAUCCCACCAGAUCCAGUGAAGAUACAGAAGGUGAUUAAGAUUUCAGACAAUUCAGCAGAAAUCUACUGGUGUGCCCCCAGUUCUACAGUCCUGCAUUACUAUAUUAUUUAUCAAUCAGAUGACAACAGACACUUGUACAAGACAGACAUCAUUAAUCCUACAUAUCGAAGAUAUACUUUACAUGAUCUUACUUCAGAUAGCACAUACCACACUUGUGUGGUGGCUGUGAAUAAAGCAGGAUCCAGCUCUGCAAGCAGUAUCUGGCCUUCAAAGGGCCCUUGUUAUAUUUUCAAGACUAAGCCAAACUACAAUAACAUAUUUUAUAUAGCUUCCACUGCAAUUAUUGCCAUUCUCUUCAUACUGGUGAUUAUAUUAUCAAUUUGCCUAUGGAGAAUUUGUCAAAAGGUACGAUUAACAGAUUUAUCUCAAAUGAGUUUGAAUCCUUUAGCUUUGCAAAAUCCCGCAUUUGACAACCACUUGGAGAUGGCAGAUCCAAGAACAUUUGGCAUAAUAAGUGCAGACUCUGAAGAGAUUCCUUGA